AUGGAAAGCAGAGAGGAGAUGGUGAUGCUGGCGGAGGGAGGUCAGCACGCCAAGAACGGCUCCAAUCUGUCGGAAGGCAUCGGGAGCCCCGUGCGGGAGCCGCAGGGGAAGCACAGGAGCUGCCUGAGCCCCGGCGCUGCGCCCUACUCCCGGGACCGGAGCGAGCUGCUGGCGGAGGAAGGCGCACGGAGGAGUAUGUGCGCCGACGUGAGACCCGUGGGCACGUCUUCCUCCGGAGACAGGCAGCGGGCUGACCAUCCUCACAAAGACGGCAGCAGCUCGGACACAGAGUCGGACUUCUAUGAGGAAAUUGAUGUCAGCUGCACGCCUGAGAGCAUGGACUACCCGACAUCUAAAGGUCGAAAUGGGGAUUCUCCGAGUCACCCCGGUGAUCCCGGUGCUGACCCGGGUCGGACGGUCCCGGGUCAGGGCUCUCUGUCCUACUCGGCGGACCAGAUCCGUCGGUACCGGACGGCCUUCACCCGGGAGCAGAUCGCCCGGCUGGAGAAGGAGUUUUACCGGGAGAACUACGUGUCCAGGCCGCGGAGAUGCGAGCUGGCGGCCGCCCUAAAUCUCCCCGAAACCACCAUCAAAGUGUGGUUCCAGAACCGCAGGAUGAAAGACAAACGCCAGCGCCUGGCCAUGACAUGGCCUCACCCCGCCGACCCCGCCUUCUACACCUACAUGAUGAGCCACGCGGCGGCCACCGGGAACCUGCCCUACCCCUUCCCAUCCCACCUGCCGCUCCCCUACUACUCCCACCUGGGCGUCGGGGCCGGCUCGGCUCCCGCCGCCACCCCUUUCUCCAACCCCCUGCGCUCCCUUGACAGUUUCCGGAUGUUGUCUCACCCUUACCAGAGGCCGGAGCUCCUGUGCGCCUUCAGGCACCCCUCCCUGUACCCCGGCCCCACUCACGGCCUGGGCCCCGGGGGGAGUCCCUGCUCCUGCCUGGCCUGCCACUCCAGCCAGACCAGCAGGCCAUCCGGCUCGGACUUCACGUGCUCCCCAACAAGCAGGACUGACGCUUUCGUCACUUUCACGCCCUCGGUGCUCAGCAAAUCCUCAUCUGUGACAUUAGACCAGAGGGAAGAAGUGCCUCUGACCAGAUAA